CCGAUGACGUCAAAACAGGCGGGAUAUCCGCAGCGGUGAAGCUCUAGUUAAUAACAUGGCGAAGACUUACGACUACUUGUUCAAACUACUUUUAAUCGGCGACUCCGGGGUGGGGAAGACGUGCGUGCUGUUUAGGUUCUCAGAGGACGCCUUCAACUCGACGUUCAUCUCCACCAUAGGUAUUGACUUCAAGAUCAGAACAAUAGAACUAGACGGGAAGAAGAUCAAGCUACAGAUAUGGGAUACAGCAGGCCAGGAGAGAUUCAGGACCAUCACAACAGCCUAUUACAGAGGAGCCAUGGGCAUCAUGCUAGUAUACGACAUCACCAACGAGAAGUCCUUUGACAACAUUAAGAACUGGAUACGAAACAUAGAGGAGCAUGCCUCUGCAGACGUCGAGAGGAUGGUCCUCGGCAACAAAUGUGACGUAAAUGACAAGCGACAGGUGUCGAAAGAAAAGGGAGAGAAGCUGGCUUUGGAAUACGGCAUCAAGUUCAUGGAGACCAGCGCAAAGGCCAACAUCAACGUGGAGAACGCCUUCUUAUCCCUCGCCCGAGAUAUCAAAGCAAAAAUGGACAAGAAGCUGGAGGGCAACAACCCCCAAGGCAGCAACCAAGGAGUGAAGAUCACAGAGCAGCCCAAGAAGAGCAACUUCUUCCGCUGCUCGCUGCUGUGAACCUCCGUCGGCAUCCACCAUCGAUCGCCUUAACUUUUGUCCUUCCCCUCCGCUGGACAGAACUGGACAGAGCCGGAUCUCUCCUUUCAAACGUACUCGUAACGCGUCUUCCUUUUUUUUCGCUCGGCUGUCUUCACCACCCAGCGUGGCUUUAUAGCAACCAGUCUUCCCGUGACUCCUGUGAAUUGAACAACGGUGGCCUGUUACAUGCGUGCUGACGCCAAUAUGUCUUGUACCAGAGUGCUACCUCCAUAGAUUUUAUUGACUUUUAAAUAACACCCCCCAUCACCACCCCCGCCACCAUUUUUUAAGCUUUUUUUGAAUAUCCCCACCCAGGCCAACUAAUUGACCCCCUUUUUUUUUUUUUAUAUUGAAAUGAUUUUUGCUGUUUUGGAAGCUGACUGGGCAUUCUUCAUUCCCCACAUUCAGAGACGGCACCAUGUAAAUGCGUCUCUGUUCACAACUUCACAUUUAGAUUCAAUUAGCCGUUAAAGUCAAGGUUCCACAAUUAGCUCCCACCCACACCACCACCUUAUGAAACAUAUUACUCGUCACGUAAACACUGGGCCUUAUAUUUACCCCCACCAAGCUGAGACCUUUCUUUUUGUGAACACUUGGGUGCGCAGUGUGUUGUCAUUUGAGGCCAGUCGGGCUUGACUCACUGACAAUGUUUAUAUUCAAGGCACAAAGAUGGCUGACGCUCUGAUGUAUGCAGUCACCCCCCCCCCCCCCCCCCCUAAAGGAAACCGUGUUAUAGCAGCACAAAGACGCAACAAUUUAAAAUCUUUUUUUUAUGCAUUUCUACUUCUUCCAGUGUCUAGUUUCCAGUGGGGAAUCACGUACACGACUGUUUUGAGGGCCUUGGAUGGGGGCUGAGCUGUAGCAGUAUUUAUGGAGCGGAAAAAAACAAAAACAAAAAAAAAAACAGAACAGAGCACCAAAAUGACAAAGUGCCCUUUUAUGUUCUUAUUCAUCAUGCACUUUUCCCCUCCUUCUCUGUUCUUAUGUACAAAAGACAAAAAUAUCAUUAUUGGAUCUGUUGUUUCUUCACGUUUGUUGACUGUAUUUGUUGCAAGUCUUAGCUGAAAGCGAACCUAUUCAUGCACAAGCACACCCGAGCACUGAAAUGCGUUUUAGGAAAAAAUGAAGAUGGCCAAUGUGUGAAGGCGCGCGUGCGCUUUUCCCAGUUAGUGAAUUUCAAAUGUUUCCAGCUAUGUGGACAUUUGAUUUCGUCCUACGCUCGUUAUGUCUUAGCACAGCCAUCUGAACUAUGCAUUCCGGGUGCAUACGAACCUCAAAAGAGCUUUAUUUGAGAAAUGUGCAGAGUAUAUUUGCUAUUUUAUUGUCUUGCUGUCACUCCAAAUUCAUAUCGUAUGUGAAAAUAUAGAAAAUAGUUGAUUCAAAAUGACCUCUCUGAUUCUCUACCUGUGGAUUUAAAUCUCAAGUUUGCGUGAUUAUAAAAAAAAAGAUUCAAUUUGGGCAGUUGUAAAAAAACAAAAAAAUCUUUCCCCAACCUGAAUUUACAUUUCAUUGUGUGAGGAAGUCCUGACAUAAUUCAGAAAUUGUAAAUAAGAUCUACGAUUGUACUGUAAUUUCAUUUAUCUGAUUGGUCUACAUAUCUUCUGUAGAUAAAGUGUACUUUGGAUGAUUUAUUAAAAGAUGGGAUUGAAAAC